CUAGACUUUUCCCACGUGAAUUUGUCAAAACAACACAACCGCCGACUCAUAGAUAACGAAGUCUAGAGUGGAUUGGCGAGAUAUUCGCAAUGCUGGCCGGUCGAAGACUUUUCCAGUUGAUAUAAAACGAUGCUGCGGGAAAGUCUAGAGUCAAAAAGCUGAGCAACUCCGAACUCCGACCAACACGCCUUUCUCAUAGAUCUUUUGCGAUUGAUGCCCAGAAAUUCAAAGCCCACAAGAAAAGGAAAAAUGUCGUCAGGCAACUUUUCUCAAAGUACUCGCUGCGGCAGAGGAUAUCCUCGCCAGUUUCCAAAUACCCACAACAGGAUCAUUGGAAGUCCUACUGACAGUCCUUCAACCCCUUCUGCGAACCAAUCGCGCAGCUACACUGGACAAUACGGACACCAAGGUUCUCCAACUUCUCCGUCCUAUGCCUCUAUCUUCAGGUUCAUCUCGAUGCCCUUCCCGAUGAGGAACGGACUUUUCGACGUGAAUGGGAAAGUACCACACACUGUCCAAGAGAAAUGGGAGCUUCUGCAGAGUCUUUCAAACAUCCCGAAGAUGAAACUUCCAAUGACAAUGGCCAUGGAGACUUUGAUCAAGAAGCACACCAGCGGCUUCGGAGCCAACAUCAAAUUUGACCUUUUGCACGAAACCGUCGGCCAGCUGCCGAGGGGGUUGGUCCAAAGGUUUGACAGGUUCUUCCACGGGAUGAUCACAUUGGCGCAACAAUUGCCUUUCGUCCUGCAAAAGCCUGUGAUGCCCUUGGCCGCGGGUCAGAACGCAAGCAUCGUGCUGACCAAAAGGGAAAUUGCGUGUCUGCUGGCCAACGCCUUCUUCUGCACCUUCCCCUUCCGCGACUUCAUCAACAACCCCAACUACCCCCGCUACCCCAACGUCAACUUUGUCUCGUUGUUCCGCAAGAGGGACGGCCGCGCUGACAAGGCCAACGCCGAGAAGCUCAAGUGCCUCUUCGAGUACUUCGAAAAAGCCAACGACUUCCUCACCUCUCAGCGUGGCUUGGAAGAGGUCAAAUUCCAGAGGGUCUGUCUCGACUCAAAAGCAAUUCCCAAAUGGGAUUCCUCUCACACACCAAUGGAGAAGAUCUAUGUGGUGGACCCGAAUGAGAAAUUGGAGGAGGCGACUGGAUUGCAAGUCGACUUUGCCAACAAGAAAAUUGGCGGCGGGGUUAUUGGUCGGGGGUGCGUGCAGGAGGAGAUCAGGUUCAUCACUUGCCCUGAGCUGAUCGUGGCGCGGCUGUUCACGGAAGAGCUGCAGGAAAACGAGGCCCUGAUCGUGCAGGGCUUUGAGCAGUUCUCGUCCUACGAGGGCUACCAGGAGACCUUCAAACACACCGGCCCUUUCUCCGACCCCAAUUAUCACAGAAGGACCAUGAUCGCCAUCGACGCCACCGACUACACCAGAGCCCCGGACAAGAGGCAAAAAAAGCCUUUUUACAAAAGCUUAAUUCCGUUUGGCAGCUCCAAUGAUCAGGACAACGGACUUUACCAGUACGAGAAAGAGGCCAUCGACCGUGAACUGAACAAGGCCUAUGCGGGAUUCAAAUGCGACUCCUUUGCUCCCGAGGCUCACAUUGCCACUGGAAAUUGGGGAGGCGGAUGCUUCAAAGGUGAUCCAGUGCUAAAGGCCAAAAUCCAGCACCUGGCGGCGUCCCAGGCUGGACGGAAUCUGCUUUACUACCCCUUCCAUGACAACAACUUGAAGAACAUGGUGGAGAGUAAUGUGACUAAGCAAGUAAUGGUUUCCAAUGCAUACAAUGAGCUCCUGAAGUGGGCUAAUGAAAAGAAAAAGCACUUGGAGGAAAACUUGAAACGCACUCAAAAGUCACGCUUUUGACUGAGAGCAACAAAAUUGAUUCCAAUUAUUUUUAACUAAAUUAUUAAUUUAAGAAGUAUUUUUAUGAAACUUUUAAUAGUCAAUUGCUUUACAACAAGUCUUAAUACUUUCUGAUUCAUAAAUAGGUUACAUUGAUAAUAUUCGGAAGCACAAAUGUGUGCCUGAAGGUUCCUCUGUGAAAUUAAUUAACUGAUUAAAAAUUAAACAAAACUUUUAAAAGUCAGUUGUCAUUGCUGGGGCCAGUUGAAUUCUGUGCCGACCAGUUCGAAAAACCUUUUGUUGAGCGCGGAAAAGUGCCUCCUGAGUCUGGCCACGGCCGCAGGGUGGACCUCAGGGUGCUUGAGACCCUUGCGGUCGCCGAGGCAGUGGCCGGGGUCGUCGGGGCCUCUGCGCCAGCACAUGAAGCCCUUCUGUCGGCUGAAGAAGAAGUUCUGCUGUGAGAUGUGCGGCCGCAGGCCCAGGAAGCGCUCGACCCUGCGCAGCUGGCCUGCAGGGUCGGCGGUCAGGUCGCCGCACUCGACCACCAGGAUUUGCGCCCUGGGGAAGACCUCAAGCCACCUUUCCAGGUGGCGCGCGUACGAACUCGUCUUGAUGGCCGACCACGCCGUGUUGACACUCUCGAAGGUGCCGUCGCCGUCCUUGAAGGCCAGUCGCUCAAAGGUCAGGUUGUGGCGCUGGUAGCUGCCUCGGGCUCAGGUUAAAGCGAGGCAUUUCAAGCGAAAGGGUUUGUACCUCUGGACAAAGUCCGAAAUGGCCCUUUCGACCGGCUCCCGAACCGCCAGCACCAGUUUGAUGUCCUUGUUGAUCUCAAAAAUACGUCCUGGCGUGUCCCUGGACACAAAGUAGUUUGGCGACUUCUCGACGACCAGCUGCCCUGGCGCCGCCAAUGGCAUUUGCGACCUUUAAAGGGUUAGAAAGGUAAAAAUUUUUACAUCAAAUUCCAAUUGCUCUCAUCCAGAGGAUUCAAAUGAUGUGCUUGAAAUUGCAUUUGGGCCAAAACUUGGUGGAGAAAAUCAAAUUUGGAAAUAUUUCCAAGAUGGCGGCCAGCAUAAAACUGAAGUUGCUCGUAUUUCGAUUAAUUUUGGACCAAAAUUGGCCUUCCAACAUAAUCUCCAGUCUCGUCCAAUCGAGUUUUUUUCAAAAUAAGUGGUCGAAAAUUUGGUGGAGUAAAUCAAAUUUGAAAAAAUUCAAGAUGGUGGCCAUCAUUGAAAUUUAAUUGCUCGUCUUUCGGUUAAUUUUGAACCAAAAGUGGCCUUCCAACAUCAUCGGACUCGUCUCUAAUUGAGAGCUACUUGAAAAUGUGGGUUUUAUUUUGACCUGUACCAGUGGAGGCCCCUCGAGUACUGCCUCUCCAUGUUGAAGAAGUGGACCUCGAAGGGCGAGAUCUCGACGUCGGGGUGGAUGUUGAUGAACUCGAGCAGCGCCCUGGUGCCGCCCUUCUUCGCCCCGAUUAUGAUGCAGUCGGGCAGUUUGCGGAUUUUCUCGCCGCCGCCGAAUUCGUUUGCGUAGCGGCGCCGCAAGUUCGGCGCCACCUUCAGGUAGAUCUGCAGCAGGGUGAGGAAAACCGUGACGCUUGAAAUCAGCACGACCAAAAAAGAGCCGCGGCCGCGAAACAUGAUAUAAUGCACGCGUAGCCCAAGAACAAAUGCGUGGCCAAUGCAAAAAAGGGGGAAAGUGCUGACGCGGUGCAAUGCACUUUUAAUUGGAAGUUUAAAACAGCUAGAGGACUUAAAAUUUUCUGUUGUUUUACGACUGCCUUUGGUAUUUUUGCAAUAAAAGUAAAACAUUAAAUCUGAACUUUCCAGCAAAAUUUUGAGAAAGUGAGCAAGUUUCUUCCACACAAAAGCCAACAACUU